UGGGGCAGUUUAACUGUUCAUGAGAUGGAUAGCCUGAGGGAAAAAACUGUUCCUGUGCCUGACGGUUCUGGUGCUCAGAGUUCUGAAGCGUCGGCCAGAAGGCAACAGUUCAAAAAGGUAAAGGGCAGGGUGAGUGGGGUCCAGAGUGAUUUUUCCAGCCUUUUUCCUCACUCUGGAAGUGUAUAGUUCUUGAAGGAAGGGCAGGGGGCAACCAGUAAUCCUCUCAGCAUUCUGAAGUCCUUUAUAGUCGUCUGAUGUCUGAUUUCGUAGCUGAACCAAACUAGACAGUUUGUUAUUACUGUAAAAACAACAAAAUUGACAGCAACAUACUGUAAACAGUUGGAAAUACAGUAAUAAUACUGUCAAAACAACAAAUAUAAUUUACAGUGCACACUUGGCAAACCUGUAGAUUUGUGACGUAUGGUCCGGUUCCAAUCUGCUUGGCAGUGAAGUGUCCAUCAGUUGAACCGUACGGAAACAUUCAUUUUGAAGGGCCCUUUGGAGCAGCUAUUUAUGAGCAUUUCGGUUUGGAACGACCCUUCAACAUUGGGCCACGAUCAUUCUCCCUUCGGAGUGCCCUUCUGAGGCUGACUGAUCCUGUUUGGAACGCAGGGUGAAUCUACUAUAAACGUGACAGUCAACAAUUUUAUUCUUGGCUGUGACCUCUAACAAAAGCUCAUAUGAAUCUUGGGUAGGGUAGAAGAGUGCCACUUUCUCAGACACUUCAGUCAUUCUUGGUCUAUUACCAAGCACCACAGAGUGUUUACACAGAAAGUAUUCUGACUUCGGAACAAAAUACACACAUCGCCUUUAAUUAACAUAACUACAUUGUUCAAACAUUAUGUGAAUGCGUUAAAGAUAUUCCAAUUUUCCAAAACUCAGUGUACUGACUCAACUGUACCUGAGGCUGGUUGUACCUGUCUGGACAAAUCCAGAAUGUUGUCUCCAUUCCAGCUGUCUCGGUGAUGUAGAAUAUCAAGCCAGAUAAGGAUCUGUUCUGUUGGUCAGAACUGGAGUGGGGUAGACUGAUGAUUAAGGCUCUUACCAAGAGUUGCUCAAGGCAAAUUGUCUGGAUAAAAAGCAUUUGCUAAAUACCUACAAGUGUUAGUGUUGCUUAGACACAACACACAUGGGCUCAGACCUGGAGACACUCUAGUGAAAUAAAAUGUCUAAUUUCUGUUGUGCAACGCUCUGAUAAUAACUUCAGACACAGUGAUUAAAGAGAAGAAAUAACAAUUUAGGGAAAGUCUUGAGGUGACCACUACGGGCAUGCUUUCACUAAUCAUAGUUUAGAUAAGCCGCUAAAGACAAGGUAUUAAGCAAUAAAGCCACUUUAACUGAUUGCAUUACCUGCAAUAGCAUGUAUUGUUUGCAUAACUGGAAAUUACUGCUUUGUUAUGUCUUAUUGGUAGCAAAGAUUACACCAUGUGGACAAAUACAGACAAAGAAAACCUUUAAUUCUGCCUCUAUUUCAAAUGUAUUUAUCCAGUAGUGUAAUGGUGAACAACAGCAUGUUGUAAUCUGUAUCUCCAUGGCUGAACAAAAUUCAGUUUCAGAAUAGGCACAUACCUUAAAGCCUUGGUUACAAAAACAAUGCUUGGCAUGUUUUCACAUGUUUUUAACAAAUUAUGUGGAAAGUUGUCACAAUGGGAACCUGUCAUUAAAAUUCUUAUUACAGGCUGUUAAAGUGUUGUUUUUCUUGAUCUCACAAUAAAAUCAGAAACAGUAGGUUGACUUUUCUUUAGCUUAAAUCACUCUGUGCUUACUGAAAUUCGAAUCACUGCCCCCAGUAGCCAAAGCAGAACCUGUUGUUGGGCGCAUGGGCACGUUUGAGCUCCAUUUUUCAUGUUUAAUGUCAAAGGUGAGUUGUUUUCAAUUGUACAGACUGUUAUACAGUGAAGAUGAAUGCAUAUUUUAUAAACUGUACCCCCAAGCCAAACCCCAAAUCUAAACCUAACCAUUAGUGGAGUAAAAAUUUUCUGUUAGAGGGAAAAUGCAUUCUCUAAAUUGCUCUCAUCACUCAAUAUGUGAUAGCAAUUACUUGCUGGUUUCAACACGGUAUCCGAACUCUGGUUACCCACGUUACUGAUGCAAUACACUUCCGGUCAUGCCUCAGGGGAAGGUAAACAUGCUGGAGCUGAUGCAAACAUGUCUGAUAGGAGAUGGUGCUUUUCAUUGAGUAAAUAAAGAAAAUACAGAAACUGAAAUAUGGUUCAGGCUAAUGUUAAAUGAAAACACAAACAGGGCAUUAGCCUACCCACAUGCCUCAACACAUACUUAAUACUUACUUAUAUCAUUCAUAGCAUUUUAUGCAUUUAAGUACUUGCUUAAAUCACUCAAAGCAUUUUAUGCAUUUCUAACCAGGCUUUAAGCAUAACAGUUUAAACAAUAAAAUUCUCAUUACACAUAUUUUCACAUAUAACACGUAUUACACUUAUUCACUAAACUGGAAAACACUCUGGGCUAUAAAUCAUUAAAUAAGAUAUGAUUAAUACUAAAUUUACAUACCCAGUUCUUACAUGUGCAGAAAAUGUGGUCAAACUCCACACAUGCAAUCCAUAUGCAUCCUUCAAAAAUGAUCCAUAACAAGCACUAAAUUGUAACAUUCAACUAUUCUGAACACAUAUUUAAUGCAAUGUUUGAGCAUUUUGUGUAAAAUUGUAUAUUUACCCAAAUAAUUCUCAACCGAUGAACAAAACCGGGAGCUCUCUUGCCCAACGUAUGUUCUCACAUUUCUAACACGAGAGAGUGCUGGAAAGCAGGUGUGGCAAAAUUCCGGUGUCGCAAAACUCUGGUUUUUAAAAGGGCCACAUCCAAUUUAUGACUAGAGCUAAAUUACAUUAAAUUUCUCCACUUGGCUACAUUAUGUUGGUGUGAAACCACCACAGGGCCACUGCUAGAGAAAACAAGCAUUUGUGCAAUUGGACUUUUGACUCAAAAACUUAUUGUAACUUCCUCAUGUGUCAUCUCAGUCCCGAUUUUUCCUACAGUGUGUAAAGUUUUGAUUUCAACCUGAUCUCAUAGAAUCACGUUACUAUACAACAUUUUUUUUGCUAAAUUAUUUUUGCAUGGCUCAUGGUAUGAAUCCUGAUUAAAUAAAUACUCAAGGCCCAAUAACAAUGACUUUUAUUCACUUUUGCACAAACACUUUUCACCCUAUUCCUCACACAAUGCUAUCUUGCGACAUCUAAACACUUUUACUGUAGUGCAUGACUUUUAAGUUUAUAUGUUUUAACCUUUGCAUUACAUUACUUGUUCAAACAUGAUUAAAUUGUGCAGUAGCUCAACUGAUAGAGCGUUGCACUUGCGAUGCAAAGUACCGGGUACAAGUCCUGAAGCAUGUGUGAGUUGAUAUGUGAGUCAAAAAUGUCAAAGAAGAACCAUAAAAUGACAGGGUUGCUUCAGCAAUUUAAUUUUUUCAUCUCACAUUUGCUUUUGCAGUUAGGUUAAGGUUUCAGGUUUAGGGUAGGGAGGAAGGUUUUGUCGAUUUAAAACUACAUAAAGCAUUAACCUUCAAAACACCAUCUGUUUGAGAGAAAAUUUUACUUGCUAGGAAUAUUUCACCUUUGAACUGCUGCGAUAAGUGUAAUGAACUACACAAUAUCAUCUUGCAAAUGAUGGAGGAGCCGUUCCGUCCGCCAGGGGUCAGAGGACUUGCUGCCGUCUGCCAGGGGAGGGGCCAUUCUGUCUGCCAGGAAUCCGAGGACUCGCUGCUGUCCGCCCGGGGAGGAGGAGUGGCUGAGGACCAGGCGACAGCAUGUCCGGGGGACCGGCGAGCAAGUAAUUCUCUCUCUCUCUGUGUCUCUCCUCUCGCCCUUUCUUUCUCCCCUCUCCCUCCUCUCGUCUCUCCCCAGGUUCCCAGGAGGCGGGGUGGACCAUCUGCUGGCGGAAUGGCCGGAAGGGCAGAGUCUCCCCUCCAAAGAUGGGGUGGGGGGGGGGGGGGAGUAGGCCAGUCCGGAUGCCGCCCCAGCCUGAAUCGGGCGGGGGAGGAGUGUGACGAGGAGGAGGGUGUGGCCGGGCCGUGAGGGUGUACGGCCAAGCGCUGAGUCAACUAAUCAGCGGGAGAGAGAGAUAAAGGGCAGCCGGAGACGGCAGUUCGGGAGAGAGAGAGACACACGCGGCCGCUUUGUAAUGUGAGGCAGUCUCUGUUAAGAUGACAUCUCUUAACAUUUCCACCUCCAUUCUGCCUUCCUGCACCUACAAGGAGGACUUCAAACGUUACCUCCUCCCGUCUAUCUACAGCUUGGUCUUCAUUAUCGGGCUGCCUCUCAACUUCAUCAUCAUCUUGAGAAUCUGGAGCUCCCGUCACACAUUGACGCGCAGCCAGAUCUACAUGCUCAACCUUGCUGUGGCUGACUUCCUCUAUGUCUGCUCACUUCCUCUUCUCAUAUAUAACUACGCCAGCUGGGACUACUGGCCGUUUGGCGACUUCACCUGCCGCAUGGUUCGCUUUCAGUUCUACAGCAACCUACACGGAAGCAUCUUUUUCCUCACCUGCAUCAGCUUCCAACGCUACCUUGGGAUCUGCCAUCCGCUCACACCGUGGCCCAAACGAGGUGGACGCAGGCUGACGUGGAUGAUCUGCGCUGGCGUAUGGGUGGCUGUUGUGGUGCUCUGCGCCCCAACGUUUGAGUUCGCCUCAACCGGAUUCCAACGCAACCGUACGGUGUGCUACGACCUCAGCAUUCCCAAUCGUGCACCUGAGUACUUCCCCUACGGCAUCGCCUUGACCUGCAUGGGUUUCAUUCUGCCAUUCCUGGUGAUCAUGGUGCUGUACUGUAAAAUGGCAAGGGUUCUUUGCCAGACUGGCGAAGCCAGAGGAGACUCUGCCGCGGAGAAGAAGAAUAGAGCCUUUAAGAUGAUUAUAAUCGUAAUGCUGGUGUUCGCCAUCAGCUUUUUGCCAUUCCAUGUGACAAAGACGCUCUACCUAUUGGUCAGGACUCUCCCUACAGCUCCUUGUGAACUGAGGAACCUCUUGUCGGUGGUCUACAAAAGCACGAGACCCUUUGCCAGUAUGAACAGUGUGCUAGAUCCCAUUCUGUUCUACUUCACCCAACCCCGAUACAGACGCAGUACGAAGGGUUUGCUGCUCAAGAUCACCUCCAUUAAAGACAAGAGUUCCAAAGUGUGAUUGAACCAAACAUUUGUGGGUGGAUCUAAAAUGAUAUGAAAAACACUUAGUGGGUGGAAGGGAUGUCAAAAGUACCAGUACUUUAGCACCAAGUCCAUACUAAAUACCAGUUAGUACCAUGUUCUGCCCUUUGCACUUUCUGACUGAUAGAUGGCUGCUUUGCACAUGCACAUUUAUGCACCAAGCAGCUGUGUUCGUUAAAGGACAAAUUCACAUCUUAGUCCUUUUUUUUUCUUUUAAAGAUGCACUCAAUAAUUUUUUCCUCAUUAAAAAACUCCCAAAGACAUGGAUUGUAAUUGUGCAAUAUAUGUAGGAAAUCAUGACCACUCACAUUAAAAUUAAGACUCAAGUCAUAUCAGUAACUUUAUAAAAGCUGUUUUAUUCUACAUGGAGAGGGUCCGCACAUGGGGACUGCCAUAUUAGAAUCACAUGACCAGCCGAAUACUACUCGCUUAAUCUCAGUAACCGUCCUGUUAUUUGACACUUUCACUCAUUGAUUAAAUUAAUCAUGGUUGACUGUGAAUACUACAUUUCUACAAUGGCAUCUGAAACUGAAAACUAUUGAUUUUAAAUGAUGCUGCAUUCAAGCCACUAGGUGUCAGUGUAAGUCCAAGAUGACACAAAGACAAAAGUUACUGAGUGCAACUUUAAAUAAAGUAGUGUGUUUAAUAGCAUGUUCAUUUUUGCUUUGGUAUUGAAACCGGUAUCGAAAAUUGUGAAAGUUUACUUGUAAUGGUACUGACCACUGAAAUGUUAGUAUUGUAACAACACAUAUAACAAAUCAUAUGUUAUAUGUUAUUCUACAAUAUUCCAUUGGUGCUCUGUGUACAAAGUGACAUAAAACUAUGAAGCAGGUAGUAGCCUUCUACCUGUACUAUGAAGGUUGGACAUAAUUGUUGAAGGAUGUACAACUUAAAACAGAUUGUGGUUUUAUUAAAUGAUUCAAUGUUUUCAUUACACAUAAGCAAUUUUGGGGAGUAGUUAGCCUAACUAAAUGUAGCAACACUGCUAACCUAAUUUGGGGCGAAUUCUAAUUGAAUGUGGUCAUCCCUAUACCCUACUCACUCUGAAGGGCAGAGCCCUGGAUAUGGGUACUCUGAAGCGAGCAUGGCAGUACUGAAUGAAUGUACCUUUCGCUAACAGUCUUCGUUAAAAAUUAAUUCUCUUGCUUAAGUAAAUAUUAUUUAUGAUUAUUUGUUAUGUUUACAAUGAGUCAUAAUGUAACAAUCCUAAAGUAGAAAAUCUUGUCAAAUUUAUUUGCUAAUUUGAGUAAACUUCACAGGUAAAUAAAAUAAGUAAAUUUUACUUAAUUUUUUGCAGCAGGCUUGAAUGAUUAGUGAGCUUGCCUGGUUUCACAGAUUUUUUUAAUUUUUUUUAUCACGUUUGGUAACUUCAGAUUCAUGAAAAAAAAUUAGAUUCAUGAUCAAAACAUUAUUUGUUGCUUGGUACCGUCAUCAUAUUUUGUGCACUAAAUGUUGAGGUCUGCGCAGCUCUGUAUCUUGUUUCUAUGUGGAAGGUUUUCUAGCUUCCCUGUGGAAGGCUUCUGUAUUUAUAAGUGUUAAGUGUUUAUAAAGAAAGAUCAAUAUGUGAAAUGUUCUCAUAAAAUGGUCAUUAACUGUAAGUUUUAAGUACCAUGUUUAUCAGAUUUGCAAGUUAAGAUUACUGUAUUGACUGAAAUAUUUAGUUAAAUUUACUCACUGACUUUAAUCAAUAUUAUGUCAAGGAGUUAUGUAAGUACUUAAUUUUAUACCAUUGAAAUUUAGGCUACUUAGAAAAACUGUGUGCACAAACUUGCAAAAUAAAAUUAAGUAAAUCUAACUAGUACAUUUUUCAGUGUUCGAGAGACGUCCCCUUCUCGCAGUGCCCUUCAGGGGCGCAAAAAUGCCUUUUGGAAUUCACCCUACAUUUUUCAGGAACUUUAAAGUAGUUCAGCUACUUUCACAAUAGUGUAGUUUUUCCAAUAACUGUAAUUCAUUUUAGUGAGUCGGUUCUUUCAGACGGUUCAAGUAAAUGAACUAAAUGAUUCACUUGCGCCCAACGCAUCUUUAAAGGGACUUUGCUACAGUUUCAAAGCAGCUUCUCCAACACUGCACAAAAAGCAUUUGUGACAGUUUAAAGGUGUAGUUUACCCAAAAAGAAUAUAUAUUUUAUUUUUAAAAUAUUUUCAGCAUUCAUUCACCCUCAUGUUGUUCCAAACCUGUACGAAAGUGAAUUGUAUCUUAGACUGUCAGUAGAUGUGUUGCACUUAUAGGUGAAAUCAACCUCCAAAUUGCUUACUCAUAUAUGACCAUGCAUUGAGAAUUUUAACAUCGAAAAUAAUACACAUCAGCUUUAACAGUAUUUGUUUCUGCAAUAGAAAA